CGAUAACUAUCAAUCAUCAAACGGCAUUCAGCUACAUACCACGAUAACGAUAAUCCUUUCUAAAAGUGUCAGAGUCAGACAUAUAAUAGUAUGUCUGAAGGAACUUGGGAAAAGCUUGCCCAGGUCGCUGUCAAGGGUGCCCAACAUGACUCUCGCGAGCAUCAGCCCCAUCCGAAAUGUUUGGAAGGGACCAGAGUGGCCCUUCUCAACUACAUCUACGAGUCACUGGACCGUCCAGGAAAGAGCCAACUCAUCUGGCUGCAUGGCACGGCGGGUGUAGGAAAAUCUGCUGUUGCAUUCACCGUAGCCGAAAGAAUGAGAGGUCUGAAAGUAAAAGAAGGAAGCAAGGAAAAGCGGCUUGCAGGAACAUUCUUUUUUUCGCGCAAGCACACGAAGCGCCGCACAACUGGUUAUUUCUUCGCGACUCUUGUCUACCAGCUUGCAAGAAAUUUUCCCAGCAUCCGGGAAGACGUGAAUAGAAUCAUCCUCGACAAUCCUGCAUUGCUAGAUCACGACACAUCUCUUCGCGACCAGAUGGAGGCGUUAUUUCUCCAACCCCUCCAAAGGCUUCAACUCAGGCUACGUGAAUGCCCACCUUUGACGUUUGUUAUCGAUGCCCUUGAUGAAUGCGCUUCUGAGUCUCCCGAGGACGACACAUCUGAGAGCGAGCUCACUGAUCUAAUCUCCUUACUUGGCGAAGCUCUUCGCGAGCCCAAUCUGCCCAUCACCCACAUUCUGCUCACGAGUCGUUCAGAGGAGUAUAUUCAUAAAGCUAUGCAGACAGAAGAGAUACGUCCACUGGUGUGCGAGAUACCAGUGAGAACUUCUGGGGAUGGGGUUGCUGCCACUAUCUCGUUAUUCAGAGAGCUGGGCACUCGCCAUCCCGAUUUUCCACAGCCAUCAACUGAUGAACUUGCGCGGCUGGCGAGCCGAGCAGGCAGACGUUUUAUUGUGGCGUCCACGAUGAUGAAGUUUAUCGAUGAUCGACACAACGAUCCCCGCGAUCGACUUCAACUCAUGCUCGAGUUAACGAGCGAACUGCUACCAGGAACAGAGGUGUACAAGUUGUACGACCGAAUCCUUUCCACAUGCACUGACCCAACACUCGCAUACCUGCACUUGUCUGUUAUCGCUGCCCUUGCAGACCCUCUGCCGAUGGCACAAAUCUCAAAACUUCUUGGCCCUGGUGAGGGCAGGGACGUCGAAAGUGUACUUGUACAGCUACGAUCUGUGAUAGAUGUUCUUAUUGACAGCAAUCUCCCCGUGAAUAUCUACCACUCCUCCGUCCGCGACUAUGUUUCUCAUCACUCAAACUCCUCCCUCUGUCAAGUACACAACAUCGCACCACCGCACUCUCUCCUGGCUCUGUCCUGUCUCCGCUUGAUGGUGCACGACCUUCUAGAAAGCACGGCCCUUUUAGACGCAUUCUCAGAAUUAACAAAGCAUAGCCAAGCUAUAGGAUCCCACGGACCUCAGAAUUUAAAACAUACAUUGGACUUUAUUGUCCAGCCACCUGAGCCACUGCAAAUGCUUAUAGGUCUACUAUGGCUUUGGGGGCAUCGUAAUUCAGAAUUGCAAUUCUGGCUGGAUACCCGGGAUGGGCAGGCCUGGCUACAAACUAAUGCGCAGAUACACUGGCUGUAGACCAAAGGAGGGAAGGACUGGCUGCAGACAGAGAGAGGAGAGGACUGGCUGCACACUGAGGGAGGGAAGCGCUGGCUGCACACCAAGGGAGGGAAGCACUGGCUGCACACCGAGGGAGGAGAGGGCUGGCUGCAGACCCAGGAAGGGAGGUACUGGCUCGGGCAGACGGACGGAGGGAAAGGCUGGCUGGAGACCGAGGGAGGAAGGUGCUGGUUGCAGACUGAGGGAGGGAUGGGCUGGCUGUGGACGAUGGCAGGGAAGUACUGGCUGCGUACGGUGGGAGGGAAGUACUGGCUGCAGACUGAGAGGGGGAAGCAAUGGCUCAGCUGGACCAAGAGAGGGAAGCACUGGCAGCUCCAAACUCCUAACACGGGACACCAGCUACUGAUCCCGGAAAAGCCUAAGCAUAAUUUGUACCUCCACUCCUUGAAUACAUCUGGACCUGUACAG